AUGAAAAGAUCUGUGUCGACUGUAGAACGUAUCUUGGAUUUUGAAAGAUCCGGCUCAACGAUCCUUGCUAAAUCAUUGUCCCUUCCCUCAACCUUCUUCUUCGUGAUAAAACUCUCUUCGUAUUAUUCAAAUUCAAUCCCAAAAACAAUAGCAACCUCACUCAAUACAAAUUUUCAUCAUCAGCCUUCUCUCAGUUGUGGAACUAAGCUUUACUCUGGUUUGAAGCUUCAAUCUCCAUGUUUGUUUGCAAGUGGGAGACCAAACUUGAGUGCAGACUUCUAUAGCAGAGUUAAUAAGAGCCUCCAAUGCGGAACAUGCAACCGUAAGCCAACAAGGUCAUGAGUUGAGAUGAGGCCUAUAGGAACUCAAGUUCCCUAUAGAGUCCAUGGUGAAGGAACUUGGCAAUGGGUUGAUUUAUGGAAUGCCCUAUACCGAGAGCGAGUUAUCUUCAUCGGACAACGUAUAGACAAGGAAUUUAGCAACCAACUAUUGGCAACAAUGUUAUACCUUGAUAGUAUUGAUGAAAAUAAAAGGCUUUAUUUUUACAUUAAUGGUCCUGGUGGAGAUCUUACUCCAUGCUUGGCUAUCUAUGACACCAUGCAAAGCUUGAAGAGUCCUGUCGGCACCUGCUGUGUAGGCUAUGCUUACCAUCUAGCAGGCUUCCUUCUUGCAGCUGGGGAAAAGGUAAUUUUCUCUUCCCUUCAUCUAAUUCUGGUAAUGCCUCUUUCAAGAAUUGCUCUGCAGUCUCCAGCCGGUGCAGCUUGUGGUCGGGCUGAUGAUAUCCGUAAUGAAGCAAAUGAGCUUCUUAGAAUCAGAGAUUACCUUUUCAGUGAGCUAGCUAAGAACACAGGCCAUUCUGUUGAGAAGAUUAACAAGGACUUAAGUAGGAUGAAACACUUCAAUGCUCAAGAGGCUUUUGAAUAUGGGUUCAUUGAUCGUAUAGUCAGACCUCCUCAUGUCAAGGCAGAUGCACCUCGUAAGGAUGCAGGAACAGGCCCCGGUUAGUGUCCUUUAUUAUUUGCUCAU